GUGCGUGCGCCCAUCCUGGACAGUAUGAGUGCGGAAAUGCCGCGGAUUAUAAUGGGGGAAAUGCAUUUUUGUUUCAAUGUUCAAAAUCUGGUGUUAUCGAGCCAGAAAUUAAAAAGUGCAAUUGUCCGGUGUGCUGUGAAGUCUUCAAUGGAGGUGUAGCUCCCAAUGGGUACACGAGAUGCUCAUAAGAGGAAAACGUGGGCUCACUUCUUGCUUGCCGUGUCAAUAGUUACAGCUGUCUCUGUAGGGUAUACAUCCUCAAGACCCACUUUAGUGGGAGAGAGUUCUGUAGAAAAUAAACUAGCAGCUACCCGUCACUUGGUUACCAGGUACCGUAUGAGGGCGUCCGUGCUAGAUACACCACCAUCAGCGAUUUGUGGCCGAAGUGAAGAUCAUAAACCCGUUUGUGAGGUCAUUGAAGAUGCCGCUAUAGGAUAUCUGUCCACGAGGGUGUUGCCUCUCAAGCAGAAGUAACGUCAUCAAGGACGAUGCGCUGAAGGAAGAGGAGAAUUGGGGAUAGA